UUAUCCUAGUGAUAGCAAAAAGAAUCUACUUUGUUGUUGUUGUUAGAAAUUGCAAAAGAACCUUAUCCCAAUGGCAUAAGAUGCAAAGUUGUGUGCCUGUCACUGUUAUCAAAAAAAGUUCAAGCACCGUGCAAAAAGUGUCACUUUUGUUGACAUUGUUAUCAUUUAUCAAUUGCCAUCCGGUUCGUGUGCUUCAAGUAUUUAUUAUUGUGAAUAAGAAUUACACUGUUUUCAUCCCACGUCUUAGAGUCCAGAGUCCACUAUUACGUACUGAAUAAAACUGUGAAAUCAAGACGUUAACAAGUGCGCGGUUAAUAUUAUUUUUAAUGUAAAUAACAAAGUUGUCUUAUAAAAAUGACUGAUAUAAUUUUAUUACAAUCACCGCCACCAAAAUUAGUAGAUGUUCAAAAAUCGGUGUUCUGUCCAGAAGCAUUAGAAUUCGUCUCAAAGUUGCACAAAACUUUUGACUAUCAAAUUGAAAAACUUUACAAAGAUCGACUUUCAAAGAAUGCCGCUAUUCAAACUCAGAAUUCCGUAGACUUCAAGAUAACAGCUGAAAGAAGUGAUAGAACAUGGAAAAUAGGCGCAUUACCUUCAAGAUUACAAAAUCGUCAUUUAGAUUUAGGUGACGUAUCUCCAUCGAAUGCUGCACAUUUCGUCGAAGCAUUAAACUCUGAUGUUCAAGGUAUACAAGUCGAUUUUGAUGAUGGUCAUUGUCCGACUUGGAGAAACCAACUCCUGGCUUACCAUAAUAUCAAUUUACUUGUUAAUGGAAAGCUUCCUGGAGCUCCGCCAAGUAUUAGUACAUGUCCAGUGUUAAUGUUAAGACCUAGGGCUUGGAACAUGAUAGAUCAUGAUAUUCUGAUAGAAGGUAAAGAAGCAAUUGGCCCGUUAGUAGACUUUGGUAUUUUAAUGUACCAUAUUGGUAAAAAAUUAUAUGAAGCGAAUAGUGGACCAUAUUUUUACCUUUCAAAACUAGAAGGUUCAUCGGAAGCAGUGUUGUGGAAUGAAAUAUUUAUAUGGUCACAGAAUGAACUUGAUUUGCCUUAUGGUACUAUAAAAGCAUGUGUUUUAAUUGAGAAUAUUUUAUCAACUUUUGAAUUGGAGGAAAUUUUGUUUGCAUUAAAGGACCAUUCGUUAGGCCUGAACUGUGGGAUUUGGGAUUACUGUGCAUCUAUUAUAUCAAAAUUUGGUGAUCGUAAAGAGUUUCUCCUACCAGAUAGAAAUAAAUAUGUGAACAUGGACCGUCACUUCCUGAACAGCUACAUGAGGCUAGUAGUUAGUACUUGCCACGCGCGCGGAGCUCCCGCGACUGGCGAUUCUUUAUCCUGUAUUUUUUCUAGAUCAAAAGUAAUUAUCAACAAAGUGUUAGAAGCGAAAUUGAAAGAAAUAGAAAUAGGUGCGGAUGGAUUUAUGGUUUACGAUGUCCGAUUGGUACCUUAUGUAAAUGAGCUUUGGAAGAAAAAUGGUACGUCUAAUCAAAUAUCACGUAAAUUAGACGUUGAUAUAACUGCAUUAGACUUAUUAACUAUCCCACAAGGAGGUGUGACUUUAGAAGGAAUUAAACAUAAUAUUGCUGUUACUAUACAAUUUAUAUACCACUGGUUGGCUGGUAUCGGCCAUUUCUUUUAUAACGGUAAUGUUGAAGAUUCUGCCACAGCGGAAAUAUCAAGAGCGCAAAUAUGGCAGUGGAUACGGUUUUCUCCUCUACUCGAAGAUGAUCCAAAUCAAAAAGUAACACCAAACUUAAUAGAAACAACCGCAUCAAGUUUUUCUGCGCACGCGCGGAAAUACCUUUGCAGAUCGAGCGCGGAAAGGAAAAGAUUAAACGCAGCUAAAUAUAUGAGUUUAGAAAUAUUCUAUUCACGUAACCCACCUGAAUUCAUCACAAGUUAUUUGAAUGAUAAUCAUAAAUUCCGUACAUUGCAUAAUAAGGAACUUUUGAGUAAUUUGUAAGUCCUUGUCUACUCCUUUCUGGUUUUUGAGGUAAGUAAUUCAGUGAAUAAAUACUUUGAGUUUUGUGAAUUUAUAAAUCUUGUUCUAGAGGUAAUAAUAUAGAUGUAUAAAGAAGUCCCCUUAGUAAUGUAAUGUAGCUAUGACGUAAUGUUAGGGGUUAGAAAUAAAGGUUUGUGAAAAGCAUUCUAAAAGAAAAAGUGAUAGGGAAUAUAUUGCAACACUAUUUACCCCUAAAAUAUAUACCUGAUUAGGUUAGUUAUUAUUUUAUAUUGUUAUUUACUGGAAAUUUUAAAAAUUGUUAUGGGAAAGCUUUAAUCAAUAAAGGAUAUUGUUAAUGGGAUUAAAUAAAACAAAUUUAUAACAGGAUGUGUUUAACAUUUAUCUCAAAAAUAUUUGUUUAUUUUCAAAUUUAAUAAUAAAUGUAAAUUACACUUAAAUAUGCAAAAGCUGUGAUGUUUUAUGCUAUAAUUUCAAUAAAACUAUCCAAGUAGAAGCGAUACAAAAAUUUUUUCACCUUAUAAACGACAGAGUUGACAAACUACUAUCUAUCUCUUUCUAUCUUGUGGACUUAUCUCGUUCUCUCCGCAAAAAUAAGACGGAUUCGUCAACAUUUGGAUAACCAUUUUAAAAUCAGUGAAUUAUGUUGUCUUAUUUUUCGUUGUUUAAAGAUUGUUAUUAACUGUAAUAAUAAAACGUUAGUUCAAUUAAUUAAAGAUUUAAGAAUUUUGUUUUUAAAAAAAUUAGUCAACUAGUUUU